UUCCAAUUCCAAAAUUUCAAUUCCUUUUUCCUUCUGUCAAACCCAAAAUUUAGCAUACGCAAAGAGAGAGAGAGAGAGAGAGAGAGAGAGAUUUUAGUGAGAGAAAAACACAUAGAGAUUCUAGAGAGAGAGAGAGAAACGUAAGAGACAGACACUGUCGCCGCUAGUGUUUGUUGUUUUGUUUCAAAUUUGAGCAGCUUUCACAAACAAAACACACUCUCCCUCCAUCUUCCAAGAUUAUAUAAUUAAGAGUAGCAUUGUUGAUGAAUCAAGUCUUGCUGGAUUAUAUUGUUUUGAAGUUGGAGGGUGGUAGUUUAGGAGAAAAUAAGUGACACCUAAUACUACACAACUAAAUCUAUUGAAUGCUGUGGAGCUGGUAUGUGGGAAACUGGUUUUCCAGGAUCUCGUCGUAUCUUGAAGAAGUUAAGACCAUCAAUGCCGGAUUCGGCGCGUCAGGAUAAAGAUAAUAAUGAAGCGGUGGAAGGAGAGGACAUGUUUGACGAUAUACCUGAUUGUGUAGUGCGUCAUAUUUUGUCGUUUAUGGAAACAAAGGAUGCUGUUCGGACUUGUGUUUUGUCGAAAAGGUGGACAUGUCUUUGGACUUCAGUUCCAAGCCUAAAUUUCAACAGCAAAUCUUUCUCCCGGUUGGCUGAUUUCAGGAAAUUUGUUCUGUGGGUUCUUUUCCGUCGAGAUUCAUCUGCUGUGAAAGUUCUUACCUACUGCCGUGCAGGAGUAGAUUAUGCUACUGAUCAAAACCUAUUUAAUAAGGUCAUUGAUCACGCAACGUCACGUGGCGUUGAAGAAAUCAGAGUCAAUCUUCGUGCGAAAGUCCAUGGCAGCCCGCCCGUUGACAUCCCUUUGUCGUUGUUGAAAUGUGAAUCCUUGAAAAGGCUUGAGUUGAAAGAUUGUCAUCCUAUGAAAGUCACAUGGCCUUUAGCUUGCGUACCGGAGAUAAAGUUGUUGCGUUUGGAACAUUUUACUAUGGAUCAUGCUAGACUUGAUUUUUCAAAAUCAUUUGCGACUUUAGGAAAUCUUUUUGGCUUUGCAACAUUGACAACUUUGAAUCUCAGCAACUUGAUUCUGUGUUGUACAGGAAAUGAAUCUCUGAAUCCAAUUGGGAGCUGUGUCAAUUUAAAGAAUCUGUACUUGAGGGAAGUCUGUUUUAAGUCAGAAUUGGUCCCGAAUGAUUUCAUGAUAUCUGCUCCUCAACUUAAUAACUUGACUCUAAUGUGCAACCGUUUUAAAUGUAAACUUGUAAUUGAUGCACCACAGCUUAUCAAUUUCAGCUACUUAUAUUCUUCUCCGUGUGCCUUCUUUGAGUUUAGUAUUCCUUCUGCGAACAACUUGACCAUCGAUAUCCGUGAACCAAAUAAUAACUUGGAAGAAUCUCAUCAGAAGACGAGAGAAAAGACUUGUCAUGGUUUGAUCAAUAUGUCUCGGGAAUGUCAUGAUGCUGAACUAUCCUUCUCUACAACUAUGGUUUCGUGUGGGACUGCUGUCAUGCCAAAGGAAGAAUGUUCAACAAAGGAAGAAUGUUCAACUUUGAGAAAAUUGAAGUCACUGAACUUAAGCGUCGGAUCAACAUACAAAAUCUUCAUUAGCGAUCUUGACCAUAUAACUGCAUAUUUCCGCCGUUGCUCUCAGCAUGAAGAUUUUGAGAUUAUGCCUGUCUAGAAGUUGAAGAAAUGAAGAAUGCUAUGGAGAGGAGUUUUGGUUUGUGAUGCAUUAGUGUAAGGGAUUUGGUUUAUCCGUACAAAGUUGAACAAGGACGACCUCUUGGUUAUUUUUUGCAUGGGAAAUGGUUUGGAUAUACACCUAUAUCUGGCAAUUUAUAGAGAGAAGAUACAAUGAAAUAUAAAUUCUUAUACAUUUUGGUAUAACAAUAUCGGUUAUUUUUUAUCUCAUAAAAAAAUAUUGGUUAUUUUUAUGGAAUUUAUUUUCUUUGGCAAAAA